AUAACAGAACAACUUAACAGUGUUAGUCUAAGUUGUCCCACAACUAAGCAACAUAUCAGAAGAGACAAGGAGGAGAAAAUUCACUACUGCUGGGAAAAACAGAGACAUCAGGAAGACAAAAAUAUCUCUAGAAAGCAGAAGCAAAACCAGAAGGGAAGAUGAAGCUAUUAGUCAUCAUCUCCAUCUUUGCAGCACUUAAUGUCAACAUGGCAUUUACAAGAAAAUGGUCCAAAAAGACAGGGAUGUGUAAGACUGGGAAUGGCAGCAGUUACAGGGGAUUUGUGAAUAAAUCAUUUCAUGGUCACAGGUGCCUUUACUGGAAUCACGUGAGGCACCAUUGGGAAGCUUCAAAGGGAGUUGGAAACCAUAAUUACUGCAGGAAUCCUGACCAGAGCCUGAUGCCUUGGUGUUACGUUAGAAAAGGAAGGAAAGUUGUGAGCGAAUUCUGUAAAAUUUCCAGAUGUGCUCCAGCAACCUUAAAACCAACAAUGAAACCAACAGUAAAACCAACAAUGAAACCAACAGUAAAACCAUCAAUGAAACCAACAGUAAAACCAACAGUCAGACCAACAAUUAGACCAAGAAUGAUUCCAUCCCCCCCCGUGGAUACAGAGCUGACAUGUGGCGAACGGUCUGAGCGGAGGACGAAAAAGAUUGUGGGUGGUUCUUUCAUACCCAUAGAGUCACACCCAUGGAUUGCUGCUAUCUUCUUUAAGCGCCACAAAUUCCUUUGUGGUGGCUCUCUCAUCUCGCCUUGCUGGGUUCUUACAGCUGCACACUGCUUCCAUGAUGGUGUCAAUACCAAACUCAAGCAUUUGUCAGUGUAUAUGGGGAAGACAGCUAUCAAUGACACAGAUACCAAAAGAGAGCAGAGCUUUACUGUGGAAAAACUGAUCAUCCACCAACAUUAUAAUGAUUCCAACUUCAACAACGACAUAGCACUGCUGAGGAUCAAAAACAUUAAUGGGGGAUGUGCAGUUAGGACAGCAUCGGUGCGAACAGCUUGCCUUCCUCCACUUCACAUUCAGCUUCCUCCAGGACUCACGUGCAGCAUUGCAGGAUUUGGGAAGGAAACAUAUAAUUCUUGGUCAUACUCACAACUCUUGAAACAGGCGGAUGUGACCCUGCUCUCCAGUACUGAGUGCAAAAAAGGACUACCCUAUGAAAAUCUCAUCACUGACAACAUGUUUUGUGCAGCAAGCCCUGAUUGGAGCACAGAUGCCUGCAAAGGUGACUCCGGUGGUCCACUGGUGUGCCAAGCAUCAGACCGCAUGUUUCUGUUUGGGGUGGUGAGCUGGGGUGAUGGCUGCGCCAGUAAAAACAAGCCAGGUGUUUACACACAGGUGACCAACUACAAUGUUUGGAUUGCAAAAAAUACUGGUCUCUCUGAAUACACAAAAGGACUGAUGUAUCCGCAGAAAUGAAUCUGUAGCAAAAGCUUAUUUCCAUUUAGCGAUGCUUAUUUCUAAAACCAAAUUUUGGCAGCAGUUUCAUAAACACUGUGUGUAAUUUUUAUGUGUUUGUAAGUGUGUGCACAUGUUGCAUAUUUGGUUUCUCGUGGGAAAACCGACACGUUGUCAGGUUUGCCUCUUGGAGAGGGUCAUGCAAGGAUGUUAAAGUAGGAUAAAGUUUAUAGCUAUGUUUGAAAAUGUAAGUUAAAGUAUUUUUUUUAAUGCCAUGAUGUUUUAAUAUUUCCACUAUGAAUUUCAAGAGCAGCUGACAGAUUUUAUCAUAAAAUUUUUCAAUAAACAGGGCAACAUUUCUGCAGGAUUUUUUCACUUUUUCAUUUGUAAAUAAAAGUUUUUAAUUAUUUUAUCAUGAAUAAUAUAAGUUACACAAACAUUAACAUAUUUUGAAUCAGAGUAUGUAUUAUUUAGUACAAUAUUUAUUUUAUUUUAUUCC